UGUUCAACAAAACGAUCUCCAACGAUUAUCAAAGUAAAUUGCAAAACUAACAAACAUUCAACAUCCAAAAAUAAUGGUAUUAAACAUGAGAAAAAUAUUUUACAUCUUGGAUCAUCAUCAUCAUUGUCAUCUGCAUCACCUUCCUCAUCCUCAUCAUCAUCAUCAUCAUUAUCAUCAAGAUCUUCAUCAUCAUCACCAUUAUCAAAGAAUACUAUCGAAACGAACAAUACGACGACAACAACGAACACAACCGCUACAACAACAAAUAAUCAUCAUCAUUAUCAAUCAUCGAUUAAUUCGGAUCAUUACUAUAAUAGUAUAUCGAAUUAUUAUCAUCGUCUUUUGUUCGAUACAUUCGCAAAUCGUAUGACAACAAAAUCAACAACAGAAUUUCCUUCAACAUCAUCAUCAUCAACAAUGAUUCUACCACAAUCACAAUCCUCAUUGAAUACAAAUUUAGAUCAUUUUCUAUUUAAUUUAUAUCAAAAUCGUCAUCUUUCUGGUGGUCAUGGUCAUCCAUUAUUUUAUCAUCAUCAUCCAUUUUCAAUGGCCAAUCAUUCAUCGACAUCAACAUCAACAACGACAUCCACUCCAGCUCAAAGAUCAACAAUUUUACAUAAUAAUUUUCUUUAUCCACCUCCAUUACCACAACUACAAUCAUCAACAUCAUUACCACCAUUAUUAUCAUCUGCAAAUAAUUAUUUUCAAAAUCUAUAUCAUCCACAUUCAUAUACGGCAGCUGCAUUUACGUUACCACCGCCACCACCAUCAUCAUCAACAUUGUUACCAUUAUCGUCAACAUUACCGGCAAGAACAACAACAACAUCGACAAUUAAUACAUCAAAAUCAUCAAUACUACCGGUUAUAACAUCACAACAACAACAACAACAAUCAACAUCAUCA